CGUAUUUUUGUUUUGCUCCGUGCUUAAGUUUUUACACAGGCAAAAAAUAUUAUUUUUGAGUGUUUUCGCGUUAUUUUAACCCAUUCAGCGCUAAUAAAUUAUCAUUGCAAAUCACAAGACAUCGCGCGAUCAUAAAUUCAAGACAAUUUUUGUCACGGAAGUGCUUUAAAUCGCAAAAAGUUUAAAAAUAUAAUUGAUUCCCGGUGUGUUUAUAUGAAAAACAGAGAGAAAAAUGAUUUGUUUACUUUUUAGUACAACGAAAUUUUCGUGAAAAGUGCUCGAUUUUCACGUCAUCCGAACAUUCAGUGUGCCGCUCCGAGACUUUUGUUCAUGGAAAUGUGACAAAAUUCGCAAAUACUUUUAAAAAUCACUUAAAAUAUUGCUAAAUUUAAUCUGAUUUAAUAGAAAAAUGGUGCCAAAUUUAUUACCGACAGCGAAUUAAAUAAAAAAAUAAAUAAUAAUCGUAAAAAAUCUGGGGAGCAAAUAAAAUAAAAUAAAAUUAAUAAAUAGAUUACGAGCGAGUGUGCCAGACGAUUCUAUUCAUUCAAAAUUGAAAAAUAAUAAUAAUGAUAAUAAAAUAAGCACAGUUUUUUAUUUCGUGAAUGAGACGAGGAGACACGAGAAGUCUGUAAAAAUGAAAUAAAAUUAAAAAAAAAAACAAGAAACACUUUGGUGGCCUUUUGCCAACGGACAACACUUUUGCAGACACUGGACACACGACAUAAAUCUUGUAUUUUGGCGAGAGAGAGGCGAAAAAAAAAAUAUUAAAAUAAACAAACAUUUGCGUAAAGACUUGUGAAUGAAAUAAAAUUCAGAACAGUUUCAACUCUCGAUCAAUGUAGAUCACAAAAUUUAAUUUUUUUUUUCUCGAAAAUAAAAGUAUUAAAAAAAUUAUAUUAAAGAAGAUGGCCCACAAACGGGCCAAAGUGAUAAAAAAUCAUCGACAAAGGACAGGCUGCCAAAAUUAUCCACAAAAUAUUCUAAUUUUCAUUGUGAUAUUUGUUCUGCAAUUACAAAAUGUUCUUGCAAUUCCUAACUAUUCAUCGUCAUCCCAAAGCAACCCGCCGCUCCUUUUCACAACGUAUCACGACAUCCGGUUAGUGAAUGCCUCGUCGAAGCUGCCGCACGUCAAAACCAUCACAAAAGAUCUCACCGAGGCAGGAGCCUUGGAUUUUUUCUACGAAAAACAGCUCAUCUGCUGGACGGAACAAACGUUGGGCGGCAUCGAGUGCAUCAAACUCAAUGGCACGCAAACCGUCAAACGGAGCAUGACAAUUCACGGGCUCGAUAAACCCGAUGGCAUUGCCUUCGAUUGGUACACGAGCAAAAUUUACUACACGGAUGGCGAAACGAAUCGCGUCGAGGUUGCCAGUCUCGAUGGGCGCCACAAAAAAGUCCUCUUUUGGACAGAUCUCGAUCAACCGCGUGCCAUAGCUCUCGUGCCCUCGAAAAGACUGAUGAUCUGGAGUGAUUGGGGCGAAAAUCCGAAAAUUGAACGUGCCAGCAUGGAUGGCGAUCCGCAUUCGCGUAAAACUCUCGUCGAACAUGACAUUUUCUGGCCCAAUGGAUUGGCGGUAGAUAUUGAACGGGAACUCAUUUAUUGGGUUGAUGGCAGUUUUAAGUUCUUGGAUGUCAUGAAGCUUGAUGGAACGAAUCGUCGCACUAUUGUUAAGGGACUCAAAUACCCUCAUAGCGUCACAUAUGUCGCAAAUAAGCUCUUUUGGACUGAUUGGGAGCAUGGAACAGUGCAUUCCUACGACAUUGCGAACAACAAGCUGGAACAACUUCUCGAUUCGGAUGAAUCUCCGCUCGCAAUUAAGGCAUGGGAUGAACGUUUACAACCUCAAGGAUACAAUCCGUGUGCCAAUAACAACGGAAAUUGCUCACAUUUGUGUUUGUUAUCGGCAACUUCGAGCAAGGAAUAUACUUGUGCAUGUCCCACGGGCAUCAAACUCAUCAACGACUUCAAAUGUGCUGACGAACCUGAAGAAAUGUUGUUUAUUGUUCAACGAACACACAUUAACAAAGUUUCAUUGGACUCUCCGGAUCACACAUUGUUCGAAGUUCCCGUUGGAAAAGUCAAAUACGCGAUCGCAAUUGACUAUGAUCCCGUUGACGACAUGAUUUACUGGACCGACGAAGAAGCACAUGCCAUUAGAAGAUCACGACGUGACGGAACCGCGAUGAAAGACGUUGUCACUACCGAAGUUGAGCAUCCGGAUGGCGUCGCCAUUGACUGGAUCGCGAGAAAUUUGUAUUGGACUGACACGGGCACCGACAGAAUUGAAGUUUGUCGUUUGGAUGGCUCGUUCCGGAAAGUUUUGAUCAAUAAUAAUUUGGUUGAACCACGAGCAAUUGCCUUGGCACCGCAACUGGGUUGGAUGUUUUGGAGUGAUUGGGACGAAAAGAAGCCAAAAAUAGAAAGAGCUUCGCUGGAUGGCACAGAACGUGUCAUGUUGGUAUCUGAAGGACUUGGAUGGCCAAAUGGAAUCGCGCUUGACAUCAAAAAUAGGAAGAUUUAUUGGUGCGAUGCGAAAAUGGAUAAAAUUGAGUCGAUUGAUAUGAAUGGAUCGGAUCGACGGGUUAUUUUAAACGAAAAUUUGCCACAUCCAUUUGGGUUGAGUUUGAUGGGCGACUAUUUGUAUUGGACUGAUUGGCAGAGAAGAACCAUUGAUCGUGUUCGAACAUCUCCCUCUUCCGAUCGCAACCCAUUUUCGUUGAAAUUGGACCGUCAAACUGUCAUCGAUCAACUUCCUGACUUGAUGGGCAUCCGUGCAGCGCGUUUGCAUCAAGUAACGGGUUCAAAUCCUUGCAUGAAUCAAAAUGGAGGAUGCAAUCAUUUGUGCUUGAAUCGCCCAACGGACUACGUUUGUCGUUGUCAAAUCGAAUACGAGCUCUCGAGUGACAAGAAAACUUGCGUUAAACCCGAUGGAUUCAUCUUAUUUUCACGUCAAGACACAAUCGGAAGGAUUUCAAUGCAGUACAACGAAGAAAACAACAACGAUUACAUUCCCUUCAAGGAUGUUCGGGAUGCGAGAUAUUUAGACAUCGACAUGGUAGAUCGUCGUGUUUAUUGGACAGAUCAAAAAGCAAAGUGCAUUUCUCGUGCUUUCAUUAACGGAUCACAUUCGGAAAAAGUAAUCGACUCUGGAUUAAUUCAUCCCGAUGGAAUUUCCGUCGAUUGGAUCGGAAGAAACAUUUAUUGGACAGAUACGGAAAGCAGGCGUAUCGAAGUCGCUCGCAUGGAUGGCAAAGAUCGUCGAACUCUCAUCUGGAAAGGCAUCGAAGACCCAAAAAAUCUCGUAGUUGAACCGAAACGCGGUUACAUGUACUGGACUGAAUGGGAAGCUGACAUUAUUCGACGUGCAGCGAUGGAUGGCACAGAAAUGACGACAAUUAUCUCGGGUGCGAAUCAUCCAUCUGGCUUAACUUUCGAUCACGAAACCCGCAAACUCUACUGGGCCCGCCAAAGUCAAGUUAUCGGUAUCGAAUCUGCCGAUUGGGAUGGCAAGCGACGCACAAAAUUGAUUGUUGCGGUAGCUGAUGACUCGUUUUUGCCGCAUGGCGUUGCAGUUUUUCGGGAUUUCUUGUAUUGGAGCGAUUGGAAUACGGGAAAUGUUGAGCGGAUCCACAAAAUAUCGGAUUCUCCGAAUGGCAGUAAGCGAACGCUCAUUCACAAAAACUUGAAAUACGUGAGUUCGUUGCAAGUUUAUCACGAUUCGAGACAAACGGGAACUAAUCCAUGCAGAAUUAAGAACGGCGGAUGUGCGCAUUUGUGUUUAGUGUUGCCAGGAACGCGUAAAAUGACGUGUGCUUGUCCGACACAUUUCACAUUGGCAGCUGAUGGAGUGAAUUGUAUUCCGCCAAGGAAUUAUUUGAUCUUUAGUCAAAAGAAUGCAUUUGGAAGACUCCUGCCAAAUACCUCAGAUGCUCCGGAUACGCCGCUGCCAGUUAAUGCGAAGAAUGUUAGAGCUGUAGAAUUUGAUCCAAUUAGCCAUUAUCUCUAUUGGAUUGAUGGUCGUUCCUCGAGUAUUCGUCGUGCCAUGGAAAACGGGACUAAACCACAAAUUUUCGUGCCUGUUGGGUCUCAACCUUUUGACUUGGCUGUCGACAUCAUCGGGCGUUUCCUCUUUUGGUCAUGCUCUCGUGCCAAUACUAUUAACAUCACAAGCUUAAUUGAUGGAACAAGCGUUGGAAAUGUUGACACCGGAGACUUUUCAAAACCACGCAGUAUUGCCAUUCACACGAUCAAACGUCUUCUCUUUUGGACAGAUGCAAGUUCAGAACAAGCCAUUUACAGAUCUCGCUUGGAUGGAAGUGAUCGCGUGAUGUUAGCAUCAAAGUUGGAGGGUGUUACUGCCUUGUGUAUCGAUCCUCAGUUGAAUUUGGUAUUUUACGCUCAUGGCAAACGCAUUGAUGCCAUCGAUUUAAAUGGAAAGAGCAAACGAAAUCUCGUGCAAAAAGACGUCAGUCAAGUAGUUUCGCUCGCCGCCUACCAAGGAAUUCUCUAUUGGUUGGAUGACAAAACCGGUUUGGAACGCAUCUUACUCAGCGGAGAUGGGCGUCGUCCUGAACUUCAACGUCUUCCUGCUAUUACCGACAUCGUCAGUAUCUGGAUGCCCGAGAAAAAAGUCAUGGAAAAUCACGCAUGUGUUCGUGGCGACAUCAAAUGUUCGCAUAUUUGCAUCGCAAAUCCCGAUUUCAAGGGAGACGAGAUGUGUGGAUGUCCUCAUGGCUUGAUGUUGAUGAAAGAUCGUCGAAAUUGUGGAGCUUUACCGGCUUGCGGAGCAGAUCAUUUCACGUGUGCAGCUCCGUAUGGCAAAGUUUUGGGUUCGGAACACAAUAAAGACUGCAUUCCGAUGUCGUGGCGUUGCGAUGGGCAGAAUGAUUGUCCUGACAAAUCGGAUGAACUCGAUUGCCCGUCAUGCAGACCCGAUCAGUAUCGUUGUCGCAGCGGCGAAUGCAUCGACCAAAGUCAAGUUUGUGAUGACAAAGUAAAUUGCGCUUCAGGUGAAGAUGAGCAAUCGUGUUGUAAACUUCCAACUGACUACCAAUGUCCUCAAAAUGGAGUUUGUAUACCGGCAACGCAACUCUGCGAUGGAUGGGAACAAUGUGCGGAUGGCGCCGACGAAUCUCCCGAAGUUUGUGUCGCUCAAGUACGCAGUGAAACAGUUUACAGUCACAAGAGUGUUCUGGUAACCAUCAUUCUUUGUGGCGUUGUUGCCGUCUUUUUCGCUGCUUGCGUUGCGCAAAUUUGUCGUUCCAAGUUCGGCAGUAGCUUAAAUGAGCCCAAAGAAGAUCCCGUUGUCGUUGAACCUCUCACGCCAAAUGGCAAUAAAAUCGCUCGAAUGACCAAAUUUCCCGUCGUUGAUGGAAUGCGAUUGAAACCCUUGAAUGGAUCUGUUCUCAGUUACGACAGAAAUCACAUCACAGGUGCCUCGAGCUCUACAACUAAUGGCAGCAGCUUAAAUGGGUAUCCCGUUCCUCCUCCUAGUCCAGCGACAAUUGGAUCGAUGCGUUAUAACGGCUAUCAUCCGUACAAACAUUACAAAUCCAUCAAUCAAGCGCCUCCGCCGACUCCUUGCAGCACCGAUGUUUGCGACGAAAGUGACUCGCAAUACACGACAAAAAGUGGGAAAAGUUAUCGCAGCAUCAAAGCGUCGAGUAGGCAUCGUGAACCGUAUGCGGAGCCAUAUGCGCCGCCAAGUACUCCGAGAUAUUACAAUCCGCACGGGAGUUGUCCGCCAUCUCCGGGCUCCCGAAGCUCAACAGACUUCAAAUAUCAACCGCCCUGCCCGUCGCCAGUGCAUUAAAGAAAAAUCUUAAAAUUGUGUGAAUAGACUUCGUUGUAGACUGUUUUGUUUGUUUUUAUAUAUUUGUAAAUUAUUUAUAUAUCUUAGACGUUAGAAAAAACGAUGAACUUGUAUAAAAAAUCGCAUUUUGAGCAUUUAUUAGGCAUAAGUUGUAAAAACCUUAGUAGUAUUUUAGAUAAGAACCCCAUUUAUAGUUAAAAGUGAUGAUUGCCAACGAAAGAAUUUAUUUAUUGACAAAAUGUAAUCAAAAAGUGCCUAAAAUUGUUAAAAAUUUCAAUUGAAAUUGAAAGAAGGAAUAGAAAUUCGGUUAAAAAAGCUUUAAAUUGUGCAAAUCU